UGGGUGGGAGGAAGAAAUGGCAGAGACAUCACUUCCUGCUCCACGCUCUCGGAAUUCUCCCUGAUGUUAAAGCAAAAAACAUAACUCCACAAAACUUGUACCAAAUCCAUUCCCUUCUAUGGUAAUCGAUGGAAUUACCCGUGUCAAUACUACUACCCGCCACACCUUCUCCUUCUCCCGCACCGCCGGCGCGAAAGGUGGUGUUGGUGUCUACUCCUCUUCUCCGACUCGAGCGAGGUCUUCGGAUCUGCAGCUCCACAGAUCGGACUCGGUCGCGAAGAAGAUCCAGAAGGUGUUCAGGGGAUUCACGAUAUGAUUUGUAGAGAUGGUAGGGAUCUGAUUUACGGUGGAAAUCCGUCCCUGGCUUGGACCCCGCGUCAGGGAUUUCAGGAAGCGAGUCAUCAAGAAGGCCAUUGCGUUGCAAGAGUUCGUCGAUUCAAUAAUCGAUUCAGGAGUGGAAAAUCACGAGAAUCACCAGCUACAAUUGAAGUUGUAGACAACUCCCACGACGAUUCGGAGUUCAACUCUCCCGAUCAAGCUGAAAUUCCCGAGAAGCACAACGACAAGCAGACCGAGAGCCAAUAGGAGUCGAUGGAGGAUCUGCAAAGUGGACGCUGGUGGAUUGAAAAGAAGAAGAUGGUCAAGGGGAGCUGGUAUUUGACGGC